AAUACCCACCUUCCAAGUCCACAUUUUCCUCACCACCUUCCAUCGCCGCUUCAUCGCACCCCCCUUGUUGUCACUUGAUGAUCGAAUCCUACUGUUAAUUCCUCCUCACUGUCCAUUAGCUUUCGUUCUUCAUUUUCGUCUCGAGCUUCUUCCCGAGAAGAAAUGGCUACGAACAUGAACGGAGACACGAAGCUUGGCGCCAAAGGAGGAUCCGCGGGGCCUGGACGGAACGGACUGGCGAAGAUCCAGACGCAUAAGAAAUCGAACAGCGUAUGCCAUGAUGACAGUUCGCCGCCGGUGAAGGCUCAGACAAUCGACGAGCUUCACUCGCUGCAGAGGAAGAAGUCUGCUCCGACCACUCCCAUCAAGGGGAUUCAAGGUGCUUUCACCACCAUGUCCGAAGAAGAGCGCCAGAAGCAACAGCUUCAAUCAAUCAGCGCCUCGUUGGCUUCUCUGACAAGAGAGACGGGACCUAAGGUGGUGAAAGGAGACCCAGCCCGGAAGUCUGAGGGCAUACAGCUCUCGCACGUGUCGCAUGUCCACCAUGCACCUACAAUUAGCGUUAGCGAUAGCUCUUUGAAGUUUACUCACGUCCUCUACAAUCUCUCACCGGCAGAGCUGUACGAGCAGGCCAUAAAGUACGAGAAAGGAUCGUUCAUAACGUCUGGCGGCGCCCUGGCGACGCUUUCUGGAGCGAAGACCGGGCGGACCCCCAAGGACAAACGCGUCGUCAAAGACGAGACCACCGAGGAUGAGCUUUGGUGGGGAAAGGGCUCGCCAAACAUCGAGAUGGACGAGCACACUUUCAUGGUCAACAGAGAAAGGGCUGUUGAUUACUUGAACUCUUUGGACAAGGUAUUCGUCAAUGAUCAAUUCCUGAACUGGGACCCUGAGAACCGAAUCAAAGUCCGCAUUGUCUCGGCUAGAGCUUACCAUUCCUUGUUCAUGCAUAACAUGUGUAUACGACCUACACCUGAAGAGCUGGAGGAAUUUGGUACUCCGGACUUCACUAUAUACAAUGCUGGACAGUUUCCGUGUAAUCGGUACACCCACUACAUGACAUCCUCUACUAGCAUUGAUAUAAACCUCGCUAGGAGGGAAAUGGUUAUCCUUGGCACCCAGUAUGCCGGGGAAAUGAAGAAAGGCCUUUUCAGUGUAAUGCACUAUCUCAUGCCUAAUCGUCAAAUCCUCUCCUUACACUCUGGCUGCAAUAUGGGAAAAGAUGGAGACGUUGCUCUCUUCUUUGGACUCUCAGGUACUGGGAAGACGACACUGUCGACGGAUCAUAAUAGGUACCUAAUUGGAGAUGAUGAACAUUGUUGGGGUGAUAAUGGCGUGUCAAACAUAGAAGGUGGUUGCUAUGCCAAGUGCAUAGAUCUCUCAAAGGAAAAGGAGCCUGAUAUCUGGAAUGCUAUCAAGUUUGGAACCGUUCUGGAAAACGUGGUAUUCGAUGAGCAUACCCGAGAAGUUGAUUAUGCCGACAAAUCUGUGACAGAGAACACUCGAGCGGCUUACCCCAUCGAAUACAUUCCCAAUGCAAAGAUACCAUGCAUUGGUCCACACCCGAAAAAUGUCAUACUUCUGGCCUGUGAUGCAUUUGGUGUGCUUCCACCUGUAAGCAAGCUAAGCCUGGCACAGACUAUGUACCAUUUCAUCAGUGGCUACACUGCUCUGGUUGCCGGAACUGAAGACGGUAUAAAGGAGCCGCAGGCAACGUUCUCAGCCUGCUUUGGUGCAGCAUUUAUCAUGCUGCAUCCAACCAAGUAUGCUGCCAUGCUGGCUGCAAAGAUGCAGAAGCAUGGUGCAACUGGGUGGCUUGUCAACACUGGUUGGUCAGGUGGAAGCUAUGGCUGUGGUAGCCGUAUCAAGUUAGCCUAUACCCGAAAAAUCAUUGAUGCCAUUCACUCGGGCAGCCUUCUUAAGGCGAAUUAUGGAAAGACGAAGGUGUUUGGACUUGAGAUCCCAACCGAGAUCGAUGGGGUGCCGUCAGAGAUCCUUGAUCCAGUGAACACUUGGUCGGAUAAGGCAGCCUACCAGGAAACACUGCUGAAGCUGGCCAGCCUGUUCAAGAACAACUUCGAGGUAUUUGUGAACCACAAGAUUGGCAAGGAUGACAAGCUGACUCGGGAAAUCCUUGCAGCUGGCCCAAUGUAUUGAGGGAAAAAGAAAACAAAGCAGCUAUGGAAGGGAGGUGAAGGAGGAGGAGAAAUAAAAAUAAGAGUGCAUGCUACUGCAUAUAUGCACGCAGCUGUAAUCCGUGUCUUGUUCAGUUAAUUUACAAAAUUAGCGUACCUUAGGCUUUCUUCACUGCAGUAGAGAAUUAAUGAGCUUGCUGAUAAUCAACUCUCUCUUUGUAAACCUCUAAUGCCCGUUCGCCUUUAAUCUUAUUAUCAUCUGGGAAUUGGACCGAUACUUUUCGGA